CAAGGAAGACAUUGAGCGUACCGCACGUGCGGUGAGGAAACUCCUCGAUUAUCAACAAGAGCUUACUAGAUUGUUGGGCGACCAGAAGUAAGAGCUAGUCUUCAGAGAGCUGACAGAUUUUAUAACCAUAGUUAGUCUGGGUAUCAUAAACAAAAGUGAAGUCAAUCAUGCCUGCUCCAGCUCAAGAAAACAUGCGCUUGAAGACCUACAAAAACAAAGGCCGUGACAUGGAUGAAAUGCGGCGGAGAAGAAAUGAAGUGUCUGUUGAACUGCGUAAAACUAAAAAGGAUGAUCAGCUCCUAAAACGCCGUAAUGUUACAGUUGAUGAAGACCCAGUAAGCCCACUGAAGGAACAGAACUCCAACAGGCAACCAGCACUAAGCAUUGAGCAAAUCAUAGAGGGCUUGGCGAGCCGUGACCCAGAAAGAGAAUUGGCUGCUACGACUGCUGUGAGAAAGGUGUUGUCCAAAGAGAGAAACCCCCCAAUUAGUGAUGUGAUACAGGCUGGACUUGUCCCUCGUUUGGUGGAAUUUCUCACUUUUAAUGACCGGCCUAGUCUACAGUUUGAAGCUGCCUGGGCAUUGACAAACAUAGCUUCUGGAACGAGUGACCAGACCAAAGUGGUGGUGAAUGCUGGAGCUGUAAAACCAUUCAUCAAGCUGCUAGAGUCUAACAAUGAGAGUGUGUGUGAGCAGGCUGUCUGGGCCCUGGGCAACAUCGCAGGUGAUGGUCCAGAACUGAGAAACAUAGUGACUGACUGUGGAAUUGUAGGUCCCCUCCUUCAACUCAUCAAGAAUGACACCUCAGCUGGAUUUCUGAGGAACAUAACUUGGACUUUGUCAAACUUGUGCAGAAAUAAAAAUCCUCCCCCUAACUUCAAGGUUGUGAAGCAGUGUUUGCCAACCUUUGCUCGUUUGUUGCACCACACAGACAAAGAAGUCCUGACAGACACCUGCUGGGCUCUCUCCUACGUCACAGAUGGAACCAACGAGAAAAUUCAAGAAGUUGUAGAUAUUGGAAUCAUUCCACGCCUUGUUGAACUGCUUAAAGGAAAGGAAACUUCUAUUUUGACACCAGCCUUGAGAGCUGUUGGGAACAUUGUUACUGGAAACGAUUUGCAAACACAGACUGUCUUAGAUGCUGAUGUCCUUCCAGCAUUCCACAAUUUGUUGCGACACCCAAAGAUCAACAUCCAGAAAGAGGCCUGUUGGACAAUCUCAAACAUAACAGCUGGUAACCAGGAUCAAAUUCAGAUGGUCAUCAAUUCUGGAAUCCUUCCCUUGGUUGUUGAUGUCAUCAGAAAGGGAGAUUACAAGAGUCAGAAGGAAGCUGUUUGGGCUGUGACAAACUUGACUUCUGGUGGUAGCAUUGAGCAGAUCAGUUACCUGGUCUCGAUCCAAGUAUUACCUCCCCUGUGUGAUCUCCUGUGUGUGAAGGAGGCUAAAGUCAUCUUGGUUAUCCUGGAUGCUAUUCACAAUAUUCUCAUGACCGCCGAGCGUGUAGGCAAACACGAAGAUGUGUGCGAAUUAAUAGAGGAAGCUGGAGGACUUGGAAAACUGGAUAUGCUCCAGAGACAUGAAAACCCUGAUGUCUAUGCAUCAGCGCUGGAAAUCAUUGACAAGUAUUUCUCUGAAGAGGAAACGGAAGAUACAGCUCUGGCUCCCAAAACUACGGCUACAGGACAGUACGAGUUCAAAGCUGCAGCUAAUCCUAUCCCAGCCCAGGGCUUCUCCUUCUGAGGAAUGACUUACCUGUGAAUGCUCAAGGUUGGCCCAGUCCCGUUACCCUAGUGCUAUCCUGACAACAAAGGCAGCCUGACUCCUCAAUCCUGGCUCAACCAUUCCAAUGGAUUGUGGUUUUGUUUCCUGUAUUCAUGGAUCAGCACCCCAUAUUAUUACAGCUGCUCUAUGAACUUUCAAGGAGCCCUUAAAUAACCUAUUCUUACACCAUGGUGCAAUAUGCUGUCAUACCAGUUCCAUUUCAAGUGCUAUUACAAUUAUGCAUUCGUGUUUCGUAUAUCCACUACAUUUCAUGGUUUACACGUUUUUUUCCAUACACAUACAUUUAUAAAUUCAAUCAUGCAAACAUACUUCAAAAAUUAAACCGAUUAUUUACACAUGUACCAAAGCUCCCCAAAGACCUGUAUAUAGGGUGCAAAUCAUUUUUUUUAGCAUGAAAUUUCUAUUCCGAGCACAAAAUGGUGUUAAAUCUGGUCUAAGUUUUGUAUUAACUUAUAACACAUACA